AGUGUGAGUUAUGACAGCAGGAGAAUAUGUGGCCUGAAAGGUUCAUCAGUGAACAUCUCCAGCAAAUACUCACAUCCUGAACACGAGCAGCCACAGACUAAACGCUGGUAUAAAGUGAAGAUAAAUACAAAGCUGGAAGAAGAAGAACUGAUGGAGAAUAAAGGAGAUGUGAAUUAUCAGGAUGACAUGAGGAACCAACACAUCCUCAGAUUAAACAAUCUGGAGGAGAAAAACUCAGGAGAAUACGAGUUCAGAAUGAAAACACAGCAACGGAAACGGAAAUCAAUUGAAUUUCCUGGAGUUACUCUGAUAGUAACAGAUCUCCUGGUGGAUGUGCGACCUGCUGCAGAGGUCACUGAGGGUCAGAGAGUCACUUUGACCUGCAGCACCAGCUGUCCUCUCAGUGAAAACACAAACUACAUUUGGUACUUGAACAGUCGGCCUCUGAGUCUGACUAAAACACCAAACAAACAUCUGAUUAUAGAUGCAGUUAGCAGUCAGGAUGAAGGAAAAUACUCCUGUACUGUAGAGACGAUCAGCUCAGCUGGAAAGACUCUGACUGUAUUAAGAGGAAGAACAGCAACAACAACAACAGUCAGCUGGACAUCCGCAGCUGCAGGACUCUCUGUCUUUCUUUUGGUCCUGGUACCUUUGGCUGUUUUCUUGCAUAGGAAAUUCAAGCCCUCUCAUCAGUCUUCUAAAAGUGAACCUGUCAACAAUAUGGAUGAGAUAAAUACUGGUCGUAUGUAUGAGGAGAUUGCAGCUCAACCAGCAGAACAGGAACUUCAUUACAGCCAGAUAGCUUUGGAGAAAAUAAACCCCAUUUACUCCAGCUUCCAGCACCAUCAAGAGCAAGAGCAUGUCUCCUAUUCUGUGGUCAAAACAGGAACAAGCACAAAUUCAGAUUCAACUAGAUGCAACCAACAACUGUGAGUCUAAUCAUGUAUUGUGUUUUUUUUUUUUUUUUACUUUCAAGACAAAGUUUAAUUGUGGUUAAAAUGACAGUGUUAUUAAUAAACAAACAUAAAAU